ACCAUCCGCGUGUCCAAUGGCGUCGACACUAUACUCACGCCAUACUUUGUGCUUGAGGAGGGCGCCAACAUCCACAGAGAGUAUUGCCUAACUGAGCUCGACAACUCUGAGUUUUGUCUCACGUUGGAGGUGCGGCGUGAUGUGCACAUUCUUGCGAUGGAGCGCGCGCUCAGAGCGCCCGUCAUUGAGCCAAAGCGCCUCGCGCCUCCGCCGCCUCCACCCCCACGUGCCGAGACGCCGGUCUCGAGUCUCGCGUCGCGCAGCGGCUUCCGCGCCUUCUUCUCCUCCCCACGGAAAGCGAAGCACCAGCGCACGCAGUCAUCUGUCGCCGCCCUACCCACGCAAAAGCCGGUUGUCCCGCCUAAGGCGGCGGCGCCGUCAAAACCCCGCGCCGAGACGCUGGCCGACUACCUGGGCGGCGACGGCAACAAGGUGCUGGCAAAGACGAACAUUGCCAUCGAGCCCAUCGCGCACCUCUGUGAAGCCAAGGUCCUCGAGAUCCGGUACCCCAUGUUCGCGAUGCACAAGAAGGUGCCUGGGCCCGAGGGCCCCAAGCGGAAGCAGGUCGCGAAGAUCACAAUGCAAAUUCUGCGCCUGCCCGCGCUUCCCGGCCUCGCGAUCUCCGAGCUUCCCGGGUCCAUAGAUGAGACAAUCAAGGGUAUCCGGUACCAUCUGUGGCACGAAAAUGUGUACCACGAGGGCAUCUUGACGCAGGUCGGCGGCGACUGCCGCGUGCCCCGCCGCCGGCUGCUGCGUCUCGUCGGCGGCCACCUGCUCGGCAUCAGCGAGGUCACAAAGAAGGAGGUGGCACGCAUCGACUUGAGCCAGGCGACCGAGGUGAUCGACUCGAACGAGCGCACAAGAGGCGACUAUGACCCGUUCGGCGCGCAGCCGCGCUCCUUCGAGAUCCGCUUCAAGAACGGCGACACGAUCAGCUUCUCGGCUGACAAGGAGAACGACAAGCUCGUCUGGAUGGACGCCCUCCGCGACCUUGUCGGCAAGGUCCCCCCGAACCCGCUCUGGGCGCGCGUGUACGCCCAGUACCAGCAGGAGCAUAAGCAGGAGAAGGAG